UGAAGAGCGAGGUAUAUGGCACGUGACGAACUGACAACAUCUUGUAUUCAGUGCAUUGUGCGAUUUUACAGUGAAAACGGCGGUUUAUCCAGUUCGUUCUGUCGUUUCAGUUUAACUCUUACCGAGUGCAACAAUAUUGAAAGUGAUCGACUCCUUUUCUUUCUUUAAAUAAUUUCAUGUCAUCGUAGACAAGUGUAAUUAAGUAUGGAUUUAUUCGUUGGAUUAAUUAUUGGAAUCGUGGUCUACUAUUCCAUCUAUCUCAUUCUUCCCUCCUUCUUGGAUUGCGAUAUACUGCUCGCUUUUAAGGAGAAGUACGGCAAACCCGUGUCUUCGUUGAAAGGCAAGACAGUAUGGAUAACAGGUGCAUCUGCCGGUAUCGGAGAACAUUUGGCUUAUGUGUUAGCCAAAGCGGGCUGCAAAUUAAUCUUGUCCGCUCGGAGAACCGCUGAAUUAGAACGGGUGAAGAAGACGUGUUUGGAAAAGAACAGAAACUUAACCGACAAUGAUGUAGAAGUUCAUCCUAUGGAUGUGCUUGAUUUGGAUUCACACGAGAAAGCAUUCGAGCAUGUGAUCAAUAAAUUCGGCAAGUUAGACGUACUCGUUAACAAUGCCGGCCGUAGUCAAAGAGCAAGAUGGGAAAACAUCGAGAUAGCGGUUGAUAAAGAAAUGUUCAACUUGAAUGUAUUCUCAAUCAUGUCCUUGAGCAGAUUAGCAGUUAAACAUUUUCUGAAAGUAGGCGAAGGUCAAAUCGUCAAUACCUCGAGUUUCGCGGGAAUUUUACCCGUACCGAUGUCGGCGACCUACUGCGGCACUAAACAUGCUUUACAUGGCUAUUUCAGGCCGUUGUUCUUGGAACAUUUCGAUAAGCACAUUAGCGUGACAAUGGUUUGCCCGGGUCCGGUACAGACCGACUUUCUAGCCAAAAGUUUCACUGAGAAGUUUGGCGAGAGUUACGGUAUAACAACGGACACAUCUAAAAACAAAGUUAGCGUGGAACGUUGUGCAAUUUUAAUGGGUGUCGCGAUUGCAAAUAAACUGGAUGAAGUAUGGAUUGCCACAGAGGCUCCGUUACGAAUCGCAUACCUGACUUAUUGUUUUCCGAAUUUUGCGAAAUGGUGUGUAAAGACUUUAGGUAUGAAAUAUUUACUAAAACUACGAGAUGCUAAUGCCCCCCAAAAGGAUUAAUCAUUAUGAUCAUCACUGAAUUUUCUAAUGUCAACAGCAACUGUAUUUUUGUCAUAUUUUGUCAAUAUAUUCUUCACAUAAACGCAUUAAGAAGAUUUUUAUACGAUGUAUAUGUUAAACAAAAUAAGAAAAUAAAACAGAUGUAAAAAGA